GAUUGCUUAAUAAUUAAAAUUCAAGAAUUAUCAAGAAUUGACAUCUCCGAAACCCUUUGACAAACCUGAUAAGAAAUAAUAUUUACCUAGCACCAGUACAUAAGGAAGAUACUGCGCAAAUUCUAUCCUUCUGAUAUUCCACUUCUUCCCAGUUCCCAUCGGUUUCUAUGAGCAUUUAUUUGGCUGCCAGACUUGACGCCAUCAACACAAUACUCAAUAAAUUUGCUACACAAUAAAAGGGUGCAUUUAAUCGCCACCAACGACCCCGCCAUGGCCCCCUCUGUCACCAUUGACAAUUCCUCCGAUUUCAGUCCGAUAACCACAAACUUCAAGACGACUUCAUUCAAUCCUCGCACACUACUCCUUGCUCCCCCCUCUAUCGCUAGCCAUGAAGAAAAAUUAAGAAAUGUUCUUGCUACCCAUGAUAGAACUGUUACCGAUUUGCAGAUGCUGGAUCGUCUCUCUGCAGGAUUAGUCACACUCCCAGAAUCAACCUACGAUUUAGUCCUCAUUCUCACCGAUGCCGAUGGUACACGAGUCGAAUCUAAAGGAUUGUUAACAAGAGAUGUAUUCGGAAAAAUCACACAAGCUUUGAAGGCAGGUGCAAAGUUGCAGGCACAGGAUGGUACCUUUGGACAAGAAAUUGAUGGCGCAGAAUAUCAAGAGGCUAUUUUGUCUGGUUUGGUAGCGGAAGGAGGGGUAAUGCUCAAGCCUGAUUAUAGCGCGAGUGUUGCGGUUCCUCUACGACUUCGCAGAAAGGACAAUAGCAAGAACGCAGCUGUUUCAAGUGCUGGUCCUGCAGUCUCAAUGGCUGCGGUACCACUACAUGGCAAGAGAAAGAGUGUAGACAUGACAGAUGAUGUGCCAGAGAAGGAUGUACCAAAGGUUGAUUCGCCAAAGAAUGAUGCGCCCAAGGGAGUCGGCUUCAUUGAUUUCAGUGAUGACUUUGAUGCGGAGGACGAUGACGAUGAAUUAAUCGAUGAAGAUACUCUUCUCACUGAGGAGGACAUGAAGAAGCCUCUUGCUAUUCCUCCUGAGUGUGCACCAAGAGCUGGAAAGCGUCGUCGCGCAUGUAAGGAUUGCACAUGCGGCCUUGCCGAAAAGCUUGCAAAGGAAGAUGCAGACAAACGAGCCACAGCCGAUAGCCAACUCCAAGCUCUUAAGCUUGAUGCAGAUGAUCUAGCUGAAGUAGAUUUCACAGUUCAAGGAAAAGUUGGAUCUUGUGGAAACUGCAGCUUAGGUGAUGCAUUCCGUUGUGAUGGCUGUCCUUACAUUGGUAUGCCUGCUUUCAAACCAGGCGAGGAGGUUCGACUUCUCAACAAUGAUGUUCAGUUGUAGACACUUUUACUUCAUUCACGGAACUGGGUUUUGGCGUCGUAUCAUUACGGGUGGAGUUGGGUAUUGGACUCGGAGUCAUGCGUAGAGUGAUAUACACAUUGUGGGGCAUAAUGGCAUUCGUGUUUUGAUGCGGUAUGGAAUGAAAUGGAUUGGUAUGUUAUGGUAUGGUAUCAUAUAUAUGGACCAAGGUAUCUGGUUUGUUGCUGAAGGCCAUGCAACAUAGGAAAAGCUCAACGACGGACGGAUCAUCUAUGAAGAUCCAAGUCACAUCAUAUGAAUAAGAUAGAUUAACUGCAUACUUGAGAAUACCUAAUCAUUUUCA